AUGUCGUCCCUAAGCUUGUGGUCCCAAAGGCUCGACAAUCCUACUUUAAGCGUCCUUCCCCAUGAUUACCAACGUCCUCAAUAUGCUCCAUUGGUUAAGCAAGAAGAGCAGUGCGAAAAUCUUCCCAUCCUAGAACUACCACACGGCAAGUGUUCUUACACACUUUUGCUAGCAGUCUGGGCGUCGCUGGUCUACCGAUUGACCGGUGACGAUGACAUCGUGCUCUUUGUCAAAGAUGGCAAGAUCAUUCGUUUCACGAUAGUGCCAACUUGGACCUUUUCCGAACUAUACGAAACCGUCUCGAAGGGCCUUGAAGAAGUCAGCAAGCUACCUGAGGUCAAUUACGAUGAACUUUCCCAGCAUAUCAUGGAAGAACAGGAGAAAGAGCUCCCACCCCAAUUUUUCCGCAUUGGAGUCGUUACGGACACGGACAUUUCGCUCGAAAAUCAAUACAAGACUCAGCAGUUCGACAUGGUGUUGUCUCUGAGCGGAUCCUCUAACUUAAGCAUCAUUUUCAAUUCGCUGUUGUAUUCUGCUGCACGCAUAAAUAUUGUCGUUGAGCAAAUAACGCAAAUGCUUACGGCAGUUGUUAAAAAUGACCACGCAAUCAUCACCGAAGUAUCUCUGAUUACAAGUUCUGCCGCCUCCAAUUUGCCAAACCCUACUACGAAUUUGGGAUGGUGCGAUUUUGUGGGAUGCAUUCACGACAUUUUUCAAGACAAUGCCAACAGGUUUCCUGAAAGAACUUGUGUCGUUGAAACUCCUGUUAACUCUGCUUGCGAAGCCCGCAUCUUCACCUAUCAAGAUAUAAACCGUGCCUCCAAUGUUGUUGCCCACUAUCUGAUUAAUACGGGUGUCAAGAUUGGUGAUGUCGUUAUGAUCUAUUCGUCAAGAGGAGUUGAUUUGAUGGUAUGUGUUAUGGGUGUGCUCAAGGCGGGUGCCACUUUCUCAGUCAUCGAUCCGGCAUAUCCUCCUGCUAGGCAGACGAUCUACUUGGGUGUUGCGAAACCUAAAGGCUUGAUAGUGAUACGCGCUGCCGGUCAGUUGGACCAAUUUGUGGAAGAUUACAUUUCUAAUGAGCUUGACGUCGUUUCACGUAUCCCUUCGAUUGCUAUUCAAGCGGACGGUUCAGUUGAAGGAGGUAUUUUAAACAACGACUCAAAGGAUUGCUUGGAACCUUACGGUCAUUUAAAAGAUACUCGCAGUGGCGUGGUGGUAGGCCCGGACAGCAAUCCAACUCUUUCCUUUACUUCCGGGUCGGAGGGUAUUCCGAAGGGUGUUCUGGGCAGACAUUUCUCACUCGCAUAUUAUUUUAAGUGGAUGUCGCAAGAAUUUAACCUUUCUGAAAGGGACAAAUUUACCAUGCUUUCGGGUAUCGCACAUGAUCCCAUUCAGAGAGAUAUGUUCACGCCCCUUUUCCUUGGCGCUCAGCUUCUGGUACCAACUCAAGAUGAUAUUGGCACUCCUGGGCAAUUGGCCACCUGGAUGAGUGUCAAUGGCGCCACUGUAACACAUCUAACACCUGCUAUGGGCCAGCUUUUGACAGCACAAGCUACAACUCCAUUUCCAUCUCUACAUCACGCUUUUUUCGUCGGAGACAUCUUGACCAAAAGAGAUUGCCUGAGGUUACAGACUUUAGCGGAAAAUUGUUGUAUUGUCAAUAUGUAUGGUACAACGGAAACUCAACGAGCGGUUUCGUUUUUUGAGGUCAAAUCGAGGUCACAGGAUCCAAAAUUUUUGGAGCAUCUCAAGGAUGUUAUGCCUGCCGGUAAAGGAAUGCUCAAUGUACAACUCCUAGUGGUCAACAGAAAUGAUAGAACUCAGAUAUGCGGUGUGGGAGAGGUGGGUGAAAUUUACGUUCGCGCCGGAGGCCUUGCUGAAGGUUACCGUGGAUUACCAGAACUGAACAAAGAGAAAUUCGUUCAAAAUUGGUUUGUUGAACCCGAACACUGGAACCACCUGGAUAAAAAUGAUAAUGAACCGUGGAAAAAGUUUUGGAAAGGACCCCGCGAUAGGCUUUAUAGAACCGGUGACCUGGGAAGAUAUCUUCCUGAUGGUAACUGCGAGUGUUGUGGCAGAGCGGAUGAUCAAAUCAAAAUUCGUGGCUUCAGAAUUGAAUUGGGAGAAAUUGACACGCACAUCUCCCAGCACCCAUUGGUUCGCGAGAAUAUUACGCUGGUUCGUAAAAACGGUGACGAUGAGCCCACUUUGAUUACUUUCAUGGUUCCAAGGUUUGACAAACCUGAACAGCUCACACCUUUUGAGUCCGAAUUGCCUUCGUCUGAGGUUUCUGAUCCAGUAGUCAAGGGAUUGGUCAAAUUCAGGAAUUUAGUGAAAGACAUCAAAGAUUUUUUGAAGAAAAGACUUGCUUCGUAUGCCAUUCCAUCGGUCAUCGUUGUUCUCGAAAAUUUGCCGUUGAAUCCAAAUGGUAAGGUUGAUAAGCCGAAACUUCAAUUUCCUUCUACCAAGCAGUUGACGAUGGUCGCGGAAUGCUCUGCAACGGACGUCGAUGACUCUGAGUUUACAUCAGAAGAAAAAAGAAUUCGUGAUUUGUGGUUGGAGGUUUUGCCAAUUAGACCUGCCUCUAUUUCUCCUCAUGAUUCGUUCUUUGAUCUUGGUGGUCAUUCCAUCCUUGCAACAAGGAUGAUCUUCACGCUCAGAAAAAAGCUGAACGUUGACAUUCCCUUGGGCACCAUUUUCAAACACCCAACUAUCAAACUAUUUGCCGAAGAGGUCAGUAGGAUUUGCGAAUCUUCAACGGCAACCGAAAAGACUAGUCUUACUGCUGAUUAUUAUUCCGAUGCCAAGAAACUGGUGGACAGCAUGCUUCCCUCCGAGUUUCCGUCUCGUGAAGACUUCAAAGUUCCUACCAAUGCAUGUCGUCAAACAAUAAAUGUUUUUGUGACAGGUGGAACCGGCUUCCUCGGCUCGUACAUCUUAGCGGAUCUUCUCGACCGCCCCAUCGAACCAUAUAGCAUCAAGGUUUAUGCACAUGUUCGUGCUAGCAACAAGACUGCUGGUAUGGAGAGAUUGAAGAAAGCAGGGAUGGUCUAUGGCACGUGGCAAGAGGCGUUCGAAUCGCGUAUCGAGGUAGUUAUUGGUGAUCUUUCCCAACCAGAGUUUGGGCUCGACAAAGACUCGUGGUCUUCACUUGCUAAUGAGAUUGAUACUAUAAUUCAUAAUGGAGCAUUGGUUCAUUGGGUUUACCCGUAUUCGAAAUUGAGAGACGCUAAUGUCAUUUCCACAAUAAAUGUGAUGAACCUAGCAGCGUCUGGCAAAAAGGCCAAGUUCUUCACUUUCGUUUCUUCAACUUCAACACUUGACACGCCAUACUAUUUCUCUUUGUCCGAUAAAUUAGUCUCAGAGGGUAAAACAGGACUCCUGGAAUCGGACGACCUCAUGGGGUCUUCCACAGGAUUAACUGGAGGUUACGGUCAGUCGAAAUGGGCUGCUGAAUACAUUAUUCGUCGCGCUGGAGAACGCGGAUUGCGUGGGUGUAUUGUUAGACCUGGAUAUGUGACAGGUGCAUCAAAGAAUGGGUCUUCCAACACGGAUGACUUUUUGCUGAGGUUCCUGAAGGGUGUCACCCAGCUUGGAAAAAUUCCAGAUAUUGACAACACGGUUAAUAUGGUGCCGGUUGACCACGUAGCGCGUGUAACUACGGCAACGGCUAUAAACCCACCCAGUGAAAGUUUGGUUGUUGCUCACGUUACCGCCCAUCCCCGGAUUCUGUUCAAAGAUUAUCUAGCAGAAUUGAAAAUUUACGGAUAUGACGUUGAAGUCGAGAGCUAUGAUUUGUGGAAAAUUGAUUUGGAGGCAUCUGUUUUUGAAAGAAAUGAAGAGAGCGCACUAUACCCUUUGCUUCAUAUGGUCUUAGACAAUUUGUCCGAGAACACGAAAGCGCCUGAGCUUGAUGAUACUAAUGCCAAAACGUCGCUUUUGAAGGAUGUUCAGUGGACCUCUCAAGAUGUGUCCCGUGGCAAGGGUGCUACUUCAGAACAAAUUGCCAUUUACAUUUCCUUUUUGAAAACUGUCGGCUUCUUGCCUGAUCCUACUUUACCAAGCAGCAAGCAACUGCCCGUAGUUGAACUCUCAGAGGAACAAUUGCGCUUGGUCUCAUCUGGAGCAGGCGCUCGUGGCAGCUCUGCAUCUUUUUGA